AUGAAUGAAAAUGCCCCUGGAAAUAAUCAAAUGAAGUCUCCAACAGUUCAAAAGGAUUUAACACGGGCUUGUGCUGCUGAAGUCACAAAUGUUAUUCAUAAUGAUAUAAAAGACAAUAUAUUUUCUCUUAUGGUUGAUGAGUGUCGAGAUAUUUCAGUCAAAGAACAAAUGGGAGUUGUUUUAAGAUACGUGAACAAACAUGGAUGCGUUAUUGAAAGAUUUCUUGCUAUUGUACAUGUGUCUAACACUUCUGCUAUUUCUUUGAAGAAGAUUAUUGAUGAAUUGUUUGCAAAACAUAAGUUGUCAUUAUCAAGAUUGAGGGGUCAAGGAUACGAUGAAGCUUCAAAUAUGCGAGGUGAGUCUAAUGGAUUGAAGGCUCUUAUAUUGAAGGAAAAUUCAUCUGCACGGUAUGUCCAUUGUUUUGCUCACCAACUUCAACUAGUUGUUGUUGCAGUUGCUAAAAGCAAUCGAAUUAUGAGUGAUUUCUUCCAAUAUGUUACUAUGAUUGUGAAUAUUACUGGUGCUUCAUGCAAAAGAAAAGAUAAGUUUAGACAACUUGAACAUGAUAGACUUAUAGAAUGUUUGGAGAAAGGAGAUAUUGUUAGUGGGAAAGGAAAAAAUCAGGAAAUCAGUUUAAAACAACCAGGGGAUACUCGUUGGGGUUCACAUUACAUGACUAUUAUUUGUUUGAUGUCUACAUGGACUUCUGUUUUACAAGUGCUUGAAAAUGUGUAUGAUGAUGGUACUAAUGAUGAUAAUAGUGAUAUCCCCACCAGUUUGAUUGAUAAGAUGGAGAGUUAUGAAUUUGUGUUUGUGAUGCAUUUGAUGAAAUCUUUAUUGGGAAUCAUAAAUGAAUUGUCACUUGCCUUACAACAAAAGGAUCAAAACAUUGUACUAGCUGUCAGUUUGAUCAAGACAAUGAAAGUUCUUGAUAUGAUGGUUCAAGAGAUGAGUAAUCGGUUUUCAGAAUCAAGUAAGAAGGUACUUACUUGCAUUGCUUGCUUAAAUCUAAAGGACUCUUUUUCUCAAUUUGAUAUUGGUAAGCUACUCCACCUUGCUAAACUUUAUCCGGAGGACUUUUCAUUGAUUGAUCGUGCAAUACUUGAGGACCAAAUUGAGACUUACAUUCAAAAUGUACGAGGUGAUUUUUCUAUGAUUGAAUAUUUGGGAAGUCUUGCUAAAAAGAUGGUUGAAACGGGUAAGAAUACAAUUUUUCCAUUGGUAUAUCGUUUGAUCGAGUUAGCAUUAGUUUUACCAAUUGCAACUACUUCUGUUGAAAGAGUUUUUUCUACGAUGAAAAUUAUCAAGACUGAUUUGCGUAAUAGGAUGGGGGAUGAGUGGAUGAAUGACAGUUUGGUAAAAUACAUCGAGAAGGAUAUUUUUGCCACAAUUGAAAAUGAACAAAUUUUACAAUAUUUUCAACAGAUGAACACUCGUAGGAUCCAGUUGUCUCCUCUUGUUUGUAUGUCUAGAUCUGAUGCUGGUAGCUCAACUAUUAAAAAAUAA